AUGAUGGAGCUCAAAGCCAAUAUCGCGAAGUUUUCCGUGGAGAUGGCAUGCUCCCCUAAAGGCUGGUACACCGGCGCCUUCAGCAUCCCCUCCGCCUCCUUUAAGAUUUCCCUGCGCGUCUACCAUGCUGCGGCGGAUAACACGCUAGUGGAGCGCGCGUACGAUGGGGGUGGUACGCUGACGGCGGUGAUUGUCUGGGCGACGGAGGGGAAGCAGUUGAGGGUUUACUUUCAGAAUGGGACGCAGGUUAGUGGAGUUAGUGAGUGGGUGUGGAGUGGGGGGUGGGUUAAGGGGGCUGCGGUGAUCCCGCCGGCUGCGCAGUGA